AUCAUUUCCUGAAAGACAAAAACGAAAGAAGCUUGCGUUCAGACACAUACACAUACACACCACCAAUCCCCAAUCUCAAACUUUUCCCGAGAAAAUUUCCAUUUUCUAUCUCAGAUUCCCGGAAAAUUCAAAUCUCAGCUUUCACCACUCCUGGAGCUCCUGCUUCCUCUGCCAAUUCAAUUCGUCGUUUUCGAUCCGCAACGAUCCAAUUCCAACAAGUUGUUGUUGGAUUCCGGAUGCAUCGAUUUCGUGUUGAAGAAUGAGUGCUCCGAGAACUUCUACUGGUUGUUUAUUGGUUGCCCUAGAUCUCUCAUCAAACCCUCAACAAUCUUCUCGUUCAGAUUCGCUUGUUCAAUUUUGAGUGUCUCUUAGGUAGUGUAACUAUGUAUCACCCAAAGAAGUUCUCGCCGGGAACCAUGGUGCCACAUAAAUCUCAAGGUGGUGCUGAACAACUUGCAAAUGUUGGGAUUUUGAGUGGAUCUGCAGUGAAAAAUGCCGCUCCUGCUGGUGGAAUUGGGAAACAUCGUUUACGAUGGACAAGCGAUCUUCAUGACCGUUUUGUGGAUGCAAUCACACAACUUGGUGGACCAGAUAGUGGGAGCAACACCGAAAGGUGUUCUGAGAGUGAUGGGUGUACCUGGACUGACCAUUUAUCACGUUAAAAGCCAUUUACAGAAGUAUCGCCUUGCAAAGUACUUGCCUGAAUCAUCAGCUGAUGGUAAAGACUCUAAAGAUGAGAAAAGGAAUUCUGGAGACAGCAUUUCUGGCGCAGAUUCUUCCCCGGGAUUGCAAAUCAGUGACGCUUUAAGAAUGCAGAUGGAGGUUCAGAAACGUCUGCAUGAACAGCUUGAGGUUCAAAAGCAGUUACAAAUGAGGAUUGAAGCACAGGGUAAAUACUUGCAGAAGAUCAUAGAGGAACAGCAGAAAUUAGGUAGUACCUUGACAACCUCGGAAACACUUCCAUUGUCCCAUGAUAAGCAAAAUCAUCCCCAGUUAGAGCCUUCUGGAUCUAGUGAUACCCUUGCAGGCACUUUGCCUCCACUUAAAAAACAGAGAAUCGAUGAUGGUUCAAAGGAUACCUUCACUGCUUCACAAGUGCCAAGAAAGACCGCACAGAAUAAUGACUCUAAUGUUGGUCAGUUGGAUCCAAACUUGAAUGAAGAUGAUGCUGAGUUUGGAUUUGAUUUGGAGAAAGAAAGGGUUGAAGAUAAGGAGAGUGAGCAGUAAGAACUAGGUUCCGUUUGUAGGUCAACAUGUAUCCUAUUGUAAUGUCUAGUGUUACAUUUUUCUGUUAGAAAAUACAAAUAAUGCUUUUGUAAAUUAUAUUUCACGCAAUCCAUUUGUACAUAGUAAUGUAGAUAUAGAUGCAUUCUUGUCUCCUGUUGUGAGAGUGAUAAACACUGCGCUCUCACGCCCAACAAAAAUGCAUUGACAUGCAUUAUACAUGCGGUCAUGGAUGAUGAAUGUUGGAAGCAGGAUACUUAUCAAUGUUCAGGUUGUCAUGUUCUAGUCAAUUAUCAAAGUUAUCAAUUAGCUAGUGAUGGCAUUGUUUGAUCCUUGUAGCCAACCUCAUCUUAGUCCUAUAAGGCUUGGUGGUUGUUAGUAUUGGGAUAAAAAUGACAAGC